AUGCCCUCCGCGCUCGACGUUCGCACCGUGACGAUUGCGUCGACGUCGACGUCCUCGAUCGAUCGAUCGUGCUCAGUUCGCUCCGUGUGCGCGCCGGGGCUCGGAAGAGUCGCAGUGACGUCCGCUUUUGCGUUUUUCGUCGCCCUGACGCCCUCCGUCGCCGUCGCCGCACCGCCGCCACCGCCGUAUUCGGGCGUCGAUCCAGGGCAAUCGGCGUUCAUCAAGGGCUUGGUAGAGAAGUCCCAGCGCGAUAAGGCGGCGCUGGAUGAAGAACGGCUUAACAACUUCUACAAGAGGGACUACGCAAUAAACAAGCUCCUGGGCGCUGAGGUGUUGGCGGAACCGUGCGAUCCGAGAGAUCCUGAGUUUGGAUGGCAGUGUCGACCAACGCUCCCGCGGCUUCCCCAGGAUCGGCUCUCGGAGUUCGACGAACCCGAGAGAGCGAAGACGGGAUUCGGGCUCGUUCGUAGCGCAGGAGAGGUGGACGCUGCCGCAGAUGCCUUGGUCACUCAAGAGAUGGAGAUCAAAUAG